AGCGCAAAUUAGAAGGAACUGUCAAAAAACGGCCACAACAUUUUGUGUGCGAGUGCACUUUAUGAAAACUAGUGAAAAAUUGUGCAAUUUGUAUUUGAAAUAAUUUAUAACUUUACAAGUUUACUAUUAAUUGUGGUUUUCAGUGAAUAGACUGCAAUGCUAGGGCAAUUUUCCUGCAGCCGAUUUCCGGCUCUGCGACGAGCAUUUGCUACUGCUCCCAAAGUAAACCCGGCGAUAUUGUCCAACACCAAAGCGGCGGAUCGCUACCGACCAGGCGAUCGAUACAAUGGCUUCGUGUGCACGAGAACGCAGUUUAUUCCCGACUUCAACAUGACCGCUUACAUGUUUUCGCACGAAAAAACCGGCCUGGAGUAUCUGCAUAUCGAUCGCAAGGACUCGAACAAUGUUUUUUCGAUUAAUUUCCGGACUACGCCUUUCGAUUCGACUGGUUUGCCACAUAUUCUGGAGCACAGUGUCCUGUGUGGAUCGCAACGUUUCCCUGUGAGGGAUCCGUUUUUCAAAAUGCUGAACCGGAGCUUGGCCACGUUUAUGAAUGCGAUGACCGGACCCGACUACACUCUGUAUCCGUUCUCUUCAACCAAUGAAGUGGAUUACAGAAAUCUACAAUCAAUCUAUUUGGAUGCAGUAUUCAGGCCGAACUUGAAGUACUUGGACUUCCUGCAGGAGGGAUGGAGAUUGGAGCAUUCCGAGCUGCAAAACAAGAACUCGGACCUGGUGUUCAAGGGAGUGGUGUACAACGAAAUGAAGGGAGCAUUUUCGGAGAAUUCGGCCGUCUUUGGGCAAAAAUUCUUCAACAAGAUCCUACCGGAUCACACGUAUGGGUAUGUUUCCGGCGGAGAUCCGCUGGAGAUUCCGAAGUUAACCCAUGAUGAUUUGGUCAAUUUCCAUCGCAAAUAUUACCACCCGAGUAAUGCCAGGAUCUAUAGCUAUGGAAAUUUCGACCUUGACAAGACGAUGGACUAUGUGGACCAGAAAUAUUUGAGCGAUUUUGAGAGGAUCGAUUCGAGUUAUAGUGUUAUACCUCAACAGAAGCGAUGGACUAAGCCCGUGCAAAGCCACAUCCAGAGCCGUUUCGAUAACAUGGGAGCACCACUGGAACGGCAAAACCAAAUCGCGAUAGGAUAUCUAACAGCGGAUAUUACCGACGUAUACGAAUCUUUCCUGAUGUACAUUUUGACGGAGCUGUUAGUCAAGGGCCCGAAUUCGUACUUUUACAAGAGCUUGAUAGAACCAAAUCUCUCCGGUGGAUACAACCAGCUAACCGGGUACGAUCCUCACAUUCGUGAUACGAUGUUUGUCGUGGGACUGCAAGAUCUUCCCGCGGAAGACUUUGGGAAGGUUCAGAAGAUUUUUGAGCAAACAAUCGACGAAGUCAUUGAGAAAGGAUUUGAGCAAAACCACCUUGAAAGUGUGUUGCACCAUAUUGAGCUACAGAUGAAGCAUCAGUCGACAAAGUUCGGCUUAGGAUUGUUGUUUAAUUUGACACCUUUGUGGAACCACAAUGGAGACCUGAUCAAAUCGAUGAAUGUGAGCGAACUGGUUCAACAAUUGAGAGGCAACCUAGCACGAGACCCGAAGUACCUGCAAAAGAAGGUUGAGUACUAUUUCCGGCACAACACCCAUCGAUUAACCAUGACCAUGUCGCCAGAUGAGCAAUACGAUAGGAAGUUCAAUGAGAGUGAAAGGCUGAAUUUGGUUGGAAAAACCGAGAAAUUAUCGAAGGACGAUCGAGAGAGGAUUUUCAAAGAAGGAGUUCAGUUAUCCGAGGAACAAAAAUCGGUCCCAAACACGGAUGUGCUGCCUUGCUUAAAACUGGAAGAAAUUCGAAAUUCAUCAGAAAAGGACGAUAUCUCAUCUAAAUUGAUUCUUAAUGUUCCGAGACAAACAGUACGAGUCGAUACGAAUGGUGUGACUUACUUCCGAGGUAUUCUGGAUGCCAAAGAACUCACAGAGGAACAGAAACUUUUGCUUCCCUUGUUCAAUGCUGUGAUCAACCAGUUCGGUACUAAAAAAAUGAACUAUCGUGAUUUGGAUCAAGUGAUUAGCUCAAAAACGGCUGGAAUUAGUUUUAGCACUCAUCUGACCGAGAGCAUCGACGAUAAUGGUCGUUAUGAGUUUGGAGUUUUGGUCGGAUCGUAUGCACUUGAGAAAAACGUUCCGGAUAUGUUCGAAAUACUGAGUGACAUCUUCAACGAAAUUGACCUCUCAGAUGUGGGUCGAUUCGAAAUGCUGCUUGAAAAUUACAUGUCAGAUUUAUCGGUUGGAAUCGCACAAUCGGGCCAUAUGUAUGCCAUGCAAAAUGCCAACGGAUUGGUUACUGAAUCGGGCAAGCUGAAGGAGCAACUCAUGGGUAUUGAACACAUCGCAUUUAUGAAGAAUCUGACGAAGAACAAUUCUCCCGAGCAGAUUCUCGAGAAGUUACGCUUCGUAGCCGAAACUUUGUUCAAAAAGUCUAGCCUACGAUGCGCAUUGAACUACGAUACAAAAAGCGAAGCCAAGACACUUUCGCAGUAUGAGAAAUUUAUUGGGAGCAUUCCUCCACGAGCCUCGGAAACUACGUGGAACAUUUCCAAGAACCUGGAUGCAUCAUGUCGCCAAACGGUUAUGAACAUCCCGGUCAACUACUGCGCCAAAUCGAUAGUCACCGUGCCGUACUCUCAUCCGGACUAUGCGCCCCUCAAAGUCCUUGCCAAGUUUCUUUCGUCGAAAUAUUUGCUGCCGGUCGUGCGAGAACAGAAUGGUGCUUACGGAGCAGGAGCAAAAAUCACCACCGACGGACUGUUCAACUUCUUCAGUUACAGAGAUCCAAACUCCAGGGGAACGUUGGACGUUUUCGAUCAGGCCUACCAGUGGACCGUUGACAAUCUAGCCAAGCUGGACGAUCAGACGCUGUUCGAAGCGAAGUUGGGAGUGCUGCAGCAGCUGGACGUCCCGAUUGCACCCAUCGAUCGAGGAAUGGAUCUUUUCCGGCAAGGUAUCAGUGACGAGCGUUUCAAUAAGCAUCGAGAUGCGGUGCUGGCAGUCAGCAAGGCUCAGCUAACACAGGUCAAUGAAAGGUAUUUGAAACCGGGAGCCGUCGAGGUGGUCGGAAAGAGCGUUUUGGGACCGGAAAACGACAGCGUUAAGAAGGAGGGCGAAAAGUGGACGGUGUUUGCGUUAUAAAUUUGCUAUUGAUUAUGUAUAGUUGUUGGAAAUUUAAAUAGAUAUUACAGAUUUACAAAUUA